CGGAGCGAGAGGCUGAGAGUCGGGGACGCUAUCCGCUUCCAUCCGUCGCGCAGACCCUGCCGGAGCCGCUGUCGCUAUGGAUGAUCGGGAGGAUCUGGUGUACCAGGCGAAGCUGGCCGAGCAGGCUGAGCGAUACGACGAAAUGGUGGAAUCAAUGAAGAAAGUAGCAGGGAUGGAUGUGGAGUUGACAGUUGAAGAAAGAAACCUCCUAUCUGUUGCAUAUAAAAAUGUGAUUGGAGCUAGAAGAGCUUCCUGGAGAAUAAUCAGCAGCAUUGAACAGAAAGAAGAAAACAAGGGAGGUGAAGACAAACUAAAAAUGAUUCGGGAAUAUCGGCAAAUGGUUGAGACUGAGCUAAAGUUAAUCUGUUGUGACAUUCUGGAUGUACUGGACAAACACCUCAUUCCAGCAGCUAACACUGGCGAGUCCAAGGUUUUCUAUUAUAAAAUGAAAGGGGACUACCACAGGUAUCUGGCUGAAUUUGCCACAGGAAAUGACAGGAAGGAGGCUGCAGAGAACAGCCUGGUGGCUUAUAAAGCUGCUAGUGAUAUUGCAAUGACAGAACUUCCACCAACACAUCCAAUUCGCUUAGGUCUUGCUCUCAACUUUUCCGUAUUCUACUAUGAAAUUCUUAAUUCCCCUGACCGUGCCUGCAGGUUGGCAAAAGCAGCUUUUGAUGAUGCAAUUGCAGAACUGGAUACGCUGAGUGAAGAAAGCUAUAAGGACUCUACACUUAUCAUGCAGUUGUUACGUGAUAAUCUGACACUAUGGACUUCAGACAUGCAGGGUGAUGAUUCCUAAAGGAAAAUCCAACUCUUCCUUUCCUAAAAACUCUACUUUGUGAAGAGCAGAAUAAAGAAGCGCUGCAGGAUGUGGAAGAUGAAAAUCAGUGAGACAUAAAAGCCAACAAGAGAAACCAUCUCUGAUCACCCCACACCUUCCCGUCCCGCCCCUCUUGGAAAUUGCCCCAUUGUCACUGAGAACCACCAAAUCUGACUUUUACAUUUGGUCUCAGAAUUUAGGUUCCUGCCCUGUUGGGUGUUUUUUGUUUUGGGUUUUUUUUUUAUUUUGUUUUGGGUUUUGUUUUGUUUUGUUUUGUUUUUUGGUUUUUUGUUUUGUUUUGGGGAUUUUUUGUUUGGGGGUUUUUUGGGGUUUUUUUUUUUUUUUUUUUUUUUGUUUUUUGUUUUUUGUUUUGUUUUUUUAAUAGUUUUCAAAAGUUCUUAAAGGCAAGAGUGAAUUUCUGUGGAUUUUACUGGUCCCAGCUUUUAGGUUCUUUAAGACACUAACAGGACUGCAUAGAGGCUUUUUCAGCAUUACUGUAUUGUCUCCUGCCAGAUGUGGCAAGAUCACCAUUAGAAAUGGAAAUUACAUUGGAAAGCCAUUAGACUUUUAGGUGAUGCAAGCAUUUAAGAGAAAGGUUAAUCACACUAUAGAGGUGUAUGUGGUAUCAUUUUUCCUUUUUCUAAUUGUUUAAAUUGAAUUUUAUACCAAUGUUUAAAAUUAAUCGGAUGUUAGCUUGAGGUGGUUAAAGGUUGUUUGGGGGGUUUGUUGUAAUGGUUUUGCUGUAAAAAGUGUUUCAAACUCUGCUGAAAUGUUGCUGAAAAGCAUGGUGCUGGUAACAGUUCAACAAUCCGUGGCUGCUCAUUCUUGCCUACUUUUACUCUCCCUCUGAAGCAGGUUAGCAUUGAAGGUGGUAUGGAAAAGCCUGCAUGCGUGUUCAAUUCUUUGUUUCUUCUUCCCUCUCCCCCUGGGCCCCACCCCGCCCCUCCUUCGCUCGCUCAACCUCUUUUGUUCAGUAUGUGUAACUUGAAGCUAAUUUGUACUACUGGAUAUCUGACUGGAGCCACAGAUACAGAAUCUGUAUUGUUCUUACUGAAACACAGCAUGGAUUAACAUUAAACUUAAAUAAAACAAACCUAAAUUAAAAAUGCCAAACAUUA